AUGCACGGCCCCUCGCCUUAUGUACUAAUCACAGGAGGCUCUGACGGUAUAGACAAAGCCAUCGCGCAAGACCUGUACGACAGGGGCUUCAAUGUGAUUAUUCAUGGACGCAAUGAAGAGAAGACCCGCGGGGUCGCGGACGCGAUCCGUGCUCGUAGUAGAAUACACGACUUUGCGCACAUGGUAGAACCGUUCAGGCACCUAAACAUAACUCUCAUGGUUCAUAACGUUGGCGGGGAUUCUAUGCGGAGAGAGAAGGCCGACGAGCUGCCCGAGUCGCAUCACCUCAGUGUCAUACAACUGAACGCGAUUUUCCCGCUGCUACUCACGCGUGCACUACUCCCCGCGCUCCGCAUCGCCGCAGCCCGCGGACCUACGAUGGUCCAGUUCAUGGGCUCGCACGCUCUGCCUGACUCGGAUGAGCGCACAUGGGGCCAACCUUCGGGCGUGCACUUCUCGUACCUCGUCGUGAACGCGGUCAUCUCGGGUGGCCUGCAUGGACAGGUGUCCCUCACGACACCUAGCGCUGCGUACUUUGGAAAAGCCGUGGUGAGCCAGAUUGGCUGCGGAAGACGCAGAUACGCGCCGUAUGCGGCCAUGCAGUGGGCGCUCGGGUUCAGGAGGGAGGAGAUGGUGGAUGCAAUCAUGGCUCAGGCAGUCGACGAACUGCUCGUUGCCCAGGAGAAGGAAGCGUAG